AUGAGGAACACAGUCUAUGAGAAACACCUGAGCCAUCCUCUCUGCGUCUGUCUGCUGAUUGUAGUUUUUGGCAUAUCUUGCCAAGAAAGUGAUUCAUCUUUUAACGAUGAAGAAAGACUUCAACUCCCAGAAUCCUAUCACAUGAAAUGGAUGAAUAUGGUUGACGACAACAAGUUUGUGUCAGAUAUCACCAUCCCCGGCACUCAUGACACCAUGGCUCUUCAUGGGGGCCCUGCAGCAGAAUGCCAGGCCUGGAGCUUAGCGGACCAGCUGAGAGCAGGGGUGCGCUACCUGGAUCUCAGAGUGUUCGCUUUUGAACAUGAGCUGUACAUCAUGCAUGGUGUGAUCUACCAACACACUACGUUCAAGGACGUGCUGGAGACAGUGAAGACGUUUUUGGGAGAAUUCAACAGUGAAACUGUUCUAAUGAGGGUGAAGCCAGUUUUGAUUGACAAGGGGGAGGUCCAGGGGAUGGUUCAGGAAGUAGUGGCAGACGAUAAUGAUGUUUGGGUUGAGCCUUCCAUACCAAGAUUGGGUGAAGUAAGAGGAAAGGUAGUCUUAGUGCAGAAGUCUAGUUUCAAGCUUGGCAUACCCAUCCAGAGCACUGACAUGGAAGGUGACUAUGAGGUUACUAAUAUUCAAGAUAAGGAAAACAUGAUUGCAAAACACCUAGAAGAGGCUAAGGGAAAAUGUGGGGGAAAUGACCUAGUUCUGACCUACUCAAGUGGUACUGGUAUUGGCACGCUAAAGGCAAUGUUCUUAACUCCCAAAAAAGUAGCUGAGAAGGUUAAUCCAUGGCUUGAUGAGUACCUGAAAACGCUUCCCACCAAAACUCCAAGGCCAUGUUUUGGUGUAAUUGCCAUGGAUUUUCCUGGUUUGGGUCUUUUACAAACAGUAAUUGGGCUCAAUGAUCAAUAA